AUGUAUAAAAACCACGGUUGCAGUCUAUCUAGAACCUUGACAAAAAAAGCUAUUUACCUAGUAUAGUGACCGACUUAAUAUUUAAUAACUUACCAGAGUAAAGAGUAUCGUACAAUUGUGUCCAGUAAAUCUCUAUUCGUGUUUUUGUUUUCGUCGGGUUAACAAAUUUAUUUUUAUAAAGAAAAAUUCCGUUUCAAUACUGUUUUUGAUCUACUCGAUAUAAUACAUUUACGAAUAUUAUUUUUUCCGCUCGAAAAGGUCUAUUCAGUUGGUACAUAAAAUGAUACCAAGAUUUUAAUUUAGACUUCUAGUAUUUAAAAACAUACUCUUUCAUCAGUAAAUGAAGCUUUAUACCUCAUAUUUUUUAUCGGGGUAUAAUAUUUAAGUUUUAUAAGUUGUUGGACCUAUUAUGGAUCAUCUUAUUGUCUGUACAAGAAAAUUGUCUUUCAAUCGUCAAGAAAAUAUUGGCUGCUUUGGAAACCUAGAACAAUAUCCAUGUGACGGUCAAAUAGAAACAAAUUUUAAAUUUCCAUCACCACCACAUCUUACAAAUGGAUAUUAUAUUUCACCAAAUGAACCUUUACCUCAAAAUAAUACUACAUCGUCAUCAUAUUCACACAGCGAUUCAGAUUCUGCAUCAGAAUCUGAUUCACUGUGUUCGAAUUCUGAUGUGUAUGAACAAGAAUGUUUUGCGUAUGAUAACCAGUUGUUACCAUACAAAAAAAACAAAAAGCCUGUAAAUAGACUUCGUUCUUCAUAUACUUCACGUGGAUAUACAAAUAAUUCAAUUCCAUAUAGUCAUAAGCAUUCAUUUGCUCAUUAUUUGCCACCUAUUGGUGUUUUUUGGGAUAUUGAGAACUGUCAAGUUCCCAAGGGAAGAUCUGCAGUAGCUGUAGCCCAAGCCAUAAGAGACAGAUUUUUUAUUGGUUAUAGAGAAGCUGAGUUUCUCGUCGUCUGCGAUGUUAAAAAAGAAAAUGCACAAGUUGUUCAAGAACUAAAUGAUGCUCAAGUCAAUUUAGUUCAUGUUACAUCUGUAUGCAAAAACGCAGCCGACGAGAAACUUCGCCUUUCAAUGAGAAGAUUUGCUGAUUUACAUGGUUCCCCUGCAGCUGUAGUUUUAGUUUCUGGUGAUGUGAAUUUUGCAUCCGAUCUUUGUGAUAUUAGACAUAGGAAAAAAAUGCAUGUAAUAUUAUUGCAUAAUGAACUUUGUUCUGAAAGUCUUAUUUUGUGUGCCAAUGAACAUUACAAUUAUACUCAUUUAGUUGAAAUGUUACCAUUAAGAAAUGCUCUUCGACAAUGUGGGAACACACCAGUUGAAGUUAUUGUAUCUAAUCUACCAGUUGGUAUUGAUCCAGCAAAAAUUAGAAAUCGUUUAAAGAGAUUAUCUGAAAAUUGUGGUGGACGUGUUGGUGUAAUAAAUAAUUGUUCAACAACAAUUAGAUUUCCUACCAAAGAAAUGGCUGCAAGAGCUCAAAAACGAAUGAAUAAGGAACGUGUGUUUAAUAGUCAAAUUGUUGUUAGUUUACCAUUUGCAGUUAAAGAAGAAUCAUCGUCCACUAGUUUCAUAAGUAGACCUGUUCCUGUGCAGACUAGAGAAGAAAAUAUACAACACAUUGCCACUACUAUUCAGUAUUCUUCAACAAACAAUAUGCAUUCCCGGUUCAAUAUGACCCCUGUUACUCCCCCUGCCACUUUUGAAAAUCGAAAAUUUGGUUUGUACGGUCAGCAAAUCAAAGGUGGUUUUGGAAUGUCACAAAUGAACUCUAGUGUUGAUAACUCAAUGAGAAAUCAUAAUCCUUGGUUGACAUCAAAUUCUGUUGGUAUACAAACAUGGUUAAAUGGACCUCAAAUACCUGUAAAUGGGGUAAGAGGUCCAAUUAAUUAUAAAGGAAAACAGAUGACCAAGGACACUCAGGAACAGCUUGAUACUACUCACACUCAACCAUUAACUCCACAAAUACCUUUAAAACAAAAUGAAAACUGGAUGCGACACGGUUAUCCAACAACAAUGGGUCACGGUACACCAAUAACAAUUUUAAAAAGAGGAAUCGGCGGAACAUCACAAAUGGAUACUCAAGUCGGUUCAACUGCUAGCAUGAUCAGUUCGAAUGGCCCACCACCAUACAUGAUGUUUGGUGUCAACACUUCAGUUCCACCACCCCCAAUAGUCAAUGUUUCUAGGAGAGUUAGUCCACCAACUUUGAUGGAGAAUACCAAUCCAGAUCGAUACUUUCACCCCAUAUCUCCAUCUUAUAACAAUUUGGCAACAAAUCAAGCACCACCAGUACUUAUGGCCCAACAGAGUAAUCCAGUAGACUUGCAUGUUACAAAUUUAGAUCAGAACAUUGACUCUGUUGAGAUGAAAAAUAUAUUAUUUAACACUUUCAGGGAACAUGUUAUGGUGUUACAUGUGUCUGUGUUUUAUCAGUCUGACGGUAAUUUUGCAGCAGCUGUCCGUGUGUCUAGUCCUCAGGAUGCACAGUAUGCCAUUUCUAAACUUCACAGACGUAAAAUUGGAUUCAAAAGAAUUAUGAUCGCUUAUGCUCACUCAGGUUACCCUCAAAAUCCCACGUUGCUAAGGUCUCAGAUAGCAUAUAUACUGAUGGAAGUUCCUGGGCAACGUCUACCCCUCUUCAAAUUCCGUGAAAUGUUUGAAAACCGCUUCAUGACUUCAGUAUCCGUAUCGGAUCUUUAUAAAAUGAAGGAUGUGUGCUUGAUCACCGAAGAACCAAAUCAUAGGAUCAUUAGCUUAAACCCAGAAUACCGUAACACUCCAUCGCCCCUUCACCACCAACCUUCUUCUUCAUCUUCUAUGCCCAUGUCUAAUUUAGACAAAGGCGAUGCGGUUUCGUACUGUCCGAUUCACGCCAAAAUUACAAAACCUACCGACGAUAAGGGUUGGGCAGAAUUAGAAAUGCCUGCAUUGCCCAACGUUAAAGUGUCGCUAAAUGAGUUCUCUAAACGUUUACAUUCACUGAUAUCAUCCCACAAUAAUUAUCUAAUCUUGGCCACUAUUUGUGAUUGCUACGAAGCUUCGUUCAAUGAAACAUUACAAGUAGAUGAAGAUGGUGUGCCUUUGGAACAUAUUGUGACUGCUGUCAGUGGUGUUGAACUGUUGCAAAGUUGUAGUAUCGGUAUCAAAUACCUUACAACGUCUUCGGCUUCUGACAUUGGCAAUAUGUCUGUCAGGUCUUCUACUCAAGAGUCUGACACUAAAUCAGAAGCCAGUGUAAGUGGAUUGAAAAGCAUUAGUCCACCAUUGGCAAAUAAUUUGGCUUUGCUGAGCCGUGAACUAGUUGAUUUGUUAAAGACCUGUACUCAUUGUACUAUGUCUUUCAAUCGCUUCAUCCCAGCAUACCAUCACCAUUUUGGCCGUCAAUGUCGCGUUGCUGAUUAUGGUUUUACCAAACUCAUCGACCUCUUAGAAGCACUACCUAACAUCGUACAGGUAUUUGGUGAGGGUAACAAACGUUUCAUGACGUUGUCGCACAAAGCGCAAGUACGGAGAUUUACUUCCGAUUUAUUGCGCGUGCUUAAAUCUGUGGCUAGCAAACAAGUUCCCAUCGUUGAAUUUAGUACACUGUUCGAGAAAACUUUGGGUCGCGCUUUUGACCCAGUCGAUUAUGGGUUGUGUUCUCUCGAUGAUCUAUUGUCGCAAGUAUCUGAAAAUACAGUCGUCAUUGGUCAUCUGGACGGUCAAAAAUCAGUGGCGAUCCCUAAACGAGAACAAACUCCAGAGGAGAUUGAACGCACUAAAGCUUUUGCAAAAGAAGUAAUAGAGUUACUAAGUCACGCUCCGCAGUGUUGUCUAUUAUUUAAUAAGUUCAUACCUUCGUACCAUCAUCAUUUCGGUCAUCAAUGUAAAGUAGCCGAUUUCGGAUUUACAAAAUUAAUUGAACUGUUUGAAUCAAUACCGCACAUCGUAAAGAUUGAAGAUGAUUUGGAAGGAGAGCGCCGUGUCUCAUUGACAACUGAAGUGAAACAAAAAGUGCUUGGUGAUCAGUUGGCCGCUUUAGCUGUUUACCCAUUGCAAAUCAGUCAGCUACAAAACGCCUUCUUAUGGCAGUACGGCUAUGGUCUCAAACCUUCUGUGUAUGAAUGUGAGACGCUUAUUGAACUGUUACAAAAGCUCGAUGAUGCUGUCAAGGUAAUAGACAACCAUGGUGAAUUGUUUUUGAUAGCAGUGGAUCGCAAAGAGGCCCAAAGAUUAUCUCUGAAAGUUCGUCGUGUACUGAUGGAACACUCGUCCAAUGAUAAGAUGUCUGUAUUGCAGUUUCAGUCUGUGUACCAAACAAUGUUUGGCGAAUCCAUAAACAUUGAAACCAUGCAAGAGAAACUUAGUGAAACUAUUAAGAUUGUCAAGACUAAAUUUGGAGAAGAAUAUGUACAGUUGACACCUUUACAAUUGUUCGCUCAAGACAUGUAUCGUCUGUUAAUGAUCUCAGAUGGUCGAUUGUUGUUGACAUCCCUUGAAGCCGCUUAUUUACGUCUAUUUGGCACUGCCAUCCAGCCUGCUGUUUAUGGAUAUCAGUCCGUAAUGGCACUGAUAAAUAGUAUUUCACAUACAGUCCUCAUUGAAAACAAGCCACCAAAACGGUACAUUGUGCUCAACAAAGAACUUGCCAGCGUAGGUAUUCAUUUGCCUAACAAUAUAAUGAAAUCGCCCAUGCAAGAUCAAACUGAAAAGAAUCAUUGUAGUAAACCUGAUACGAGCUUAAUGAACCUCAAUGAGAGUUUCAGUGAGAACAAUGUUUUGCUAUCAGACGAGAAUAAGACACCUGUGGUGGUAAAACUUCCAGCUCUAAAGUUACAUCCAAACAUAUUCAACAUGAGUCCUAUGUCACUGGUAAACUGUACUUCGCCACAAGCUCCUCAUCCAUCGCAGGUGCCCAUGCCAACUGAAUUGUGUCCUCCGUUUGGUGACAAGUACAAACCCAUCACUACAAUCAACAAUAACAAUCAUUACAAUGACAAUCAGUUUUGCUGCCCAAUAGUGGGCAACAAUGAAUUAUCAAAUACCAACGAUCAAGGUGAUCAAAAUCAACAUUUAGUUCAUCAAUUGAGUGGUGAUCGUUUUCAUUAGAACAUGUAAAUUGUCCAGGAUGGGUUUUAAUAGUUUUUUAAAACGAAAGACGUCAAUAUAUAUAUAUAAAGAUAAAAGAAAUUAAAUUCAUAAAAUGUUUAUAAGUUAAUAUUUUUUUUUUUACAUCAGGACUGACUCUCACUCCUAAAUAACUAUAAAGUAUUUUUAUUCGUUUGAUUUUUAAACAAAAUAUUUUUCCCGGAGAAAAACUUCUUUAUAUUUACAUUUACAAAGUCUAUUAGGUUAAGAGAUAAAGUGAUAUAUUAAUGGAUCUCACUUUUAUUUUUAUGUGUUCACUAGAUGUUUUAAUUUAUAUUACAUUUAUCGCAUAGUUAUUAUGUAAAAAUAAUAAAUAUAAAUGUAUUUAUAUUUAUAUAUAUUAUAUAUGCAUGUAACUGAACAAAAAAAUUAAUUAAUAGUAAAAUAAUAUGUGAUAUCAGUAUAUUACAAUGUCACAAAGUAUUUUAAUUUUUCAAAAUGUCAAGUCUUAUAUUACUAAUUUUGCUUAAGGUUAUUAUUAGAAUUAAGUAAACAUACAUAAUUUAUUUUGAAUACAGUUUUGAAGUAAUCAAUUUUGUUGAAAUGUUUCACUGAAAGGUUAGAGUUAAAUUUUGUUAGGCAUUAUGUUUAAACACAUUAUAAUAUUAUAUAUAUUACGUAAAAUAUUUUAUUUUUAUGGAUAUUUAUUUAAAUAUAUCCUAUUAUAACAGAAUUAUAAAAUAAAUACUUAAGCUACGUGUUUUGAGGGUAUGCAAUUUUUUUUAUUACCAAACAAAAAGACACAAAACGGAAAAAAGUAAAAUAAACUUUUAUAAUGUUAAUUUUUUUUUUUCUUUAUUGGUAUUUAUUCUUAUAUUGUUAACUUGUUACUAGUGCUCUCGUGAUACUAUUUCCUAUAUUAGGAGUAAUGUUAUUCAUUUUUUUUUUUUUUCAAUAGAAUAAUAUUUAUAUUAAUCAUGUAGUAAAUAAUAAUUACAUGUGCAUUUCUUUGUUAUAUUAUCAUUAUUAUUAUUGUUACUCAAUUGAAGAGGUAUUUUUUUCUAUUUAAUAGCUUUAAGUAAUGUGUACAUCAAUGAGGCAAUAUGUUUAUAUAUAAAUAUAAUGUAUGUAUUGUAUAUACAUACAUAUUGUCUAAGUGAUCACUAAAUAUCCUAAUCAUUUAGACUCCACUUGGAGUCUAAUUUUAUUUGUAUUGAAGUUUUUUCGCAAUAUUUUUAAAAGUACUCUUGAUAUACUUUUAUUUUUUAUUUGUAUAAUGUUUUCUAAACAUUUGCCAAAUAUUGUUUUUUUCUUUUUUUUUUUUUUAUCUAAAUUACUUAUUAUACCUAUUUACUAUUUACUAAAUAUGAAACAAUCACUUAAUGUGAAAGUAUACAAUGUACUAUUAUUUAUAAUUAAGAUACCUAACUAUUGUAUGCUGAAAUGUAAAAAAUGCAUGGACAAUAAGUCAAUUCAAAUGUUAUUUAAUUAAAAAAUAAUAAAAUAAAACAUCAAUAAUUUAGCUUA